UGCUUGUCUCCACUCCUGAAGGCAUCUGAGGGCUGAACAAACACAUCUUGAAGUGUUUUGGGUUUUUUUUUGCCUCGCUCCCGCUCGAGCUUCAUCCAUCCUUCAACUGGGGAGGCCAUGGCGCGCACCGCUUCCCUCCUCCACCACCUCUUGCUCUUUGGAGCAGCGGUUCUGUCCGGCUGCAUCCCAGCGCAGAUGACCCGAGUCCGUCGCCAUAAUGUGAAAGUCAAGAUCAACGCCACGGGUGACACCAUCACCAUGAAGUUCCUGCGACCGAGUCCCGACUUCAAGCUAGAAGGUUACAUUCUGGGUUACGGCAGCAGCGUCUCCUCCAAGCAGUUCAUCCCUUUGCCUGAAAACGGGAUACCCUACCAGGCUGAGAUGGAUGCGGAACCCAAGUACCUGGUGGCCGUGCAGCCGGUCCUUCCCAACCACGUGACCAAACACUGCACAGGAAAGGUGAACUUGGACGAGCGGCUCAAUCUGGUGAUUGGCAGCGUCAGCCCCACCGCGGUGCUGCUGUCCUGGGGGAACCAUCUGAAAAAUUCCUUUGACAGGGACAUCCUGGAUGAUUGCCUGCAGGACGGUUUCUACACUGUUCGCUACCGGGAGAAAAAUAGGAAGUGGAUCUAUCAGACAUGCCCGACGAGUGACACGGUCAUUGACAACCUGACUCCUGAGACGCCCUACGAAUUUGGGGUCCGCUCCAACAAGGAUGACCGCAACGGUGCCUGGAGUAAAGUCAUCAUCCAAAGUACCGACAUGGCCGCUAAAACAAAACCGAAGCCACCAAAACGGCGUCUUCCUCUGGUGAAGCCACUGAACCCACUCAGGCCUCGAGCUUUCUUCCCGCCACGUCCAGCACUUCACAACUGGACGCAGUCUCGACUUCCUUCGCUGCUUCACCGCGCGGCUCUCCCAGUGAACGGACACCGGGAUUUCCCCCCCAUCAAGCCCGUCUUAUGGACACGUCCUCGUUCAGGGUCUCUGGGCAAGAAAACAAACCUGCUUGGAAAACCAAACCAAUCAGAGAAGACCGUCGACCGGAAACACACCGAUAAACUGGCCGUCCUGCAGGCCAAAGUUCCGGUUGCCGCCACUAAGCCAACUCACGCCAGGCCGACCGAGCGCCGACAAAAAGACACCACCACAAUGGCGCCCACAACUCAAGCCCCUCAGCAAGAAUCAUGGGGAAACUCAGACUUGUUCCAGUCGCAGCCCACCUCGGACAUUGACGCCACGGGCAAAAAACGUUACGUGGCACCUCACGUCAUCUACCAAACGGGCAAGAGAGCGGACGAGCCCUGUUCCAUUACAUCGUCCUUGAACUUCUUCCCCGAGGAUGAACGCAGCGACGUCAACGUGACGGCCGCGCCCAAGUCACCGCCCUCGAACCUCACUGUGGUCACGGUGGAGGGAUGUUCUUCCUUCAUCAUUCUGGACUGGGAGCAGACCAACAAUGACACCACAGAGUAUGAAGUAAUCUCAACCACAAAAGGACCCGACGGUGAGAAAGUUUCCAUUUUGACCACCAACCAGACACAUACAGCAGUGGAGAACCUGAAACCUGAAAGCAGUUAUGAGUUCAAGGUGAAGCCAAAGAACGACUUUGGCGCAGGUCCAUCCAGCGAGCCAGUAUCCUUCAACACCGAGUCAGCGGACCCUCGAGUGAGCGAAAACGUCUCAGGUAAAGAUGCCAUCUGGACGCAGUUCCCCUUCAAGGCGGACUCUUACUCCGACUGUCACGGCAAACAAUACGUCAAGAGAACCAGGUACCGCAAAUUUGUGGGGGUCCAGCUCUGCAACUCGCUUCGGUACAAGAUCUACCUGAGCGACUCGCUAAACGGUAAAUUCUACAACAUCGGAGACCAGAGCGGCUUCGGUGAGGACCACUGCCAGUUUGUCGAUUCGUUCCUGGACGGGAAAACUGGACGCCAAGUGGGUGCGGCCCAGCUGCCAUCCAGAUCUGGCUUUCAUCGAGCGGUGCGACAAGAGCCCGUUCAGUUCGGCCCAAUCGGUGGACACUCCCACAUCGGCUACGUGUCUUGGUACGAGUGCGGAACUCCCAUCCCAGGAAAAUGGUAAACCCGUGACUUUGGGCCAGGGGGCCAUUCUUUUACUUUUGCCAGGAGUGGAACUCCGAUCAAAAAUACCAAACUCGGUUGUACGUUACCUCAUCAGUGUGGAAAAUGAGACUUCUACAUUUGCAGUUUGCACAUCA